UUUAAACCUAAAUUUGACGACAAAAAUUGAUGUUGGCAGUCAUAGCGGAUUGCGGUAAAACUUUUUAGGCUAGAGCGAGCUCGUUGGCCGGCGUUAAGCGAGCGGAGGCGGCUGGCCGAGCAGACUCGACGCCCGCCACUGAAUCGUACACCGCUCCGCGAUGGUGCCGCUGCGUCAUGUGCUGCGCGCCGCGCCGCGUCUGGGUGGCCUGUGGGCGCGGCCGGCGGCGCGCGGGUUGGCCACACUCUCCGAGGAGCACCGCAUGCUGAAGAAGACGUGCGGUGACUUCGCCGACUCGGUGCUGGCGCCGGCGGCCGCCGGCUAUGACAAGUCGCACGAGUUCCCGGCCGGCCACGUGCGGCAGAUGGGCGAACUGGGUCUGAUGGGCAUCGACUCGCCCGAGGAGUACGGCGGCGCCGGACUCGACACGCUCUCCUACGCCGUCGCCAUGGAAGAGAUCUCGCGCGGCUGCGCGGCCACUGGUACCAUCUUCUCCGCCCACAACUCGCUCUACCUGGGACCGCUCAAGUACAACGCGACGCCCGAGCAGCUGCAGCGCCACAUGCAGCCGUUCACUGGCGGCCAGCUGGUGGGCUGCUUCGCGCUGAGCGAGCCGGGCAACGGUUCUGACGCGGGCGCCGCUUCCACCACGGCCGUGCUGAAGGAGGACCGCUGGGUGCUGAACGGCACCAAGUCCUGGAUCACCAACAGCUGGGAGGCGUCGGGCGUGGUGGUGUUUGCCACCACCGACAAGGCCAAGAAGCACCGUGGCAUCAGCGCCUUCAUCGUGCCAAUGCCGACCCCAGGCCUGUCGCUGGGCAAGAAGGAGGACAAGCUGGGCAUCCGCGCCACCUCCACGGCCAACCUCAUCUUCGAGGACUGCGAGAUCCCGCGCGAGAACCUGCUCGGCAAGGAGGGUGACGGCUUCAAGAUCGCCAUGCGCACGCUGGACAACGGCCGCAUCGGUAUCGCCGCUCAGGGCGUGGGCAUCGCGCAAGCGGCCAUCGAUUGCGCCAUAGACUACGCCGCCAAGCGCAACGCCUUCGGCUCGCCCAUCCUCAAGAUGCAGUGCAUCCAGUCGAAGCUGGCCGACAUGGAGCUGCGCACCGAAUCGGCGCGGCUGCUUAUGUACAAGGCGUCGCUGCUCAAGGACGAGGGCAAGAACUUCACCAAGAUGGCGGCCAUGUCCAAGCUGGCGGCGUCGGAGGCGGCCACCUUCUGCGCCCACCAGUGCAUCCAGAUCCUGGGAGGCAUGGGGUACGUGUCGGACAUGCCGGCCGAGCGGCUCUACCGGGACGCGCGCAUCACCGAGAUCUACGAGGGCACCUCGGAGAUCCAGCGCCUGGUGAUCGCCGGCAACCUCAUCAAGGAGUACGGCCUGUAGCUUGGGCUGCCUCCGAAUCGGCACGACGGGAAGACUUCAGCGACCUUGGCGUGAAUAUAAGGCGGCAGUCUGUCGUGGAGAUGCGGGCAGCUGUGGCCGCCCGACGGUAGGUGAUGGGUAAUUUCGAGACGUUGUGCAGUCAAAAGAGUGGUUUAUGCCGACGGGAGCCUGGUCGGGUGCUCUGUGAUGACGUGUUUCAGCGUGGCGCCGCCGCCGUUCGCUAGCGCUGCAGAUGAUGUCGGACCAUGGCUCCAAUGGCAAACUUGUCACGUUCGUGUCAAUUACAAACAACGAUGCAAUGCAAGUGUGGCUGACUGUAGAUAUGUGGUCCGUAGCGCCAGUCUCUCGCGCCAGGAAACAAGCUCGUGGAUAGCAUGGAAAUAUAUAUUGUAUUUUUGUCUGCUUUUGUUCCCGAUUGUUGAUCUAGGCAAGAUCCAAACAUUUUUGAAGGUGUAUUGCCAGACAAAAUGGAAUAAACGUGAAAGGGUCCUAU